UAUUUUUUGUUGUCGUGUUGAUCUGCUGCCACCCCUCAUAUCAUAAUCAGAGCAAUGGCGACCUUUCACCCGCAGGUGCAACCCACGCCCUGUUCUCGACUUCUACCACGACAGUCCCGCGCUAUGAAGAAGCGCCGUCUCUCCCUCUUCAACAGGGACACAAAAGACGGUCGCCACUACAAGACGCUACCCCGUUCCUUCACAUACGACGCGAACGCUCCUACCGCAUACUACGACGCGCCAUCCAGCGACGCACUCCUCAUAUCUAUCCCCUCGAGUGACACUUCUUUCCUUCUCGACGAUGAUCCAUUUGCCGAUUUGACGGGUGCACCGCUGCACACGGUGCAGCAGGACGCCUCCAUUGACGCGUUGGCCAGUCCAACCACACCGACACCGACGUCACCGCUCGGACAAGUCGCCGCUGCCUUACCUACGCACACGCUCAACCCCAGCCAGGGCUCAGCUACCCGACCGCUGCCUUCACUCACGACUCCAGCCUAUCAGAAACCCGCAUUCAGAGCCCGUCCUUCCCUUCCUUCCCUACACACGCUCGCGCAAAUGAAUGUAGGCAUUCCCCACAAGGUUCGACGAGGUCGUGUUGGUGCUGGACUACCUUUCGAGCCCUGGGAUCUGGAUUCGGACACGCUCACACCCAGUUCAGCGACCGCGUCGACCCCCUUGUAUGCCGAACCUCUCCCGAUGCUUCCGCCGCCGAGUCCGAAUCCUAUCACUUCUACUUCUCUCACCCCUUCCAGCGCUGUGGCUUCGCCGGUCAAGGCGCACACUGUUCCCAUCCCCAUACAUUUACAACCGACCCACGGAUCGUUCCCAGACCCCGUAUCACCCUCAUCAUCCGCUAUGCCUGUGCGACCCCGACCCGAAUUGACUGCGCAGACGUUCUUGGACUUGUCUUCGGACGAGGAGGACGUCGCUAAGAUGAAACCUCCGCUACCCAAGAAAACCCCCCCUGCACUAAAACUCAAACUGCCCGCAUACAGUCCAGGCUCUCGGCUGCACACGUCACCCCUUCCUCUGUCACCAGCUACACCGUCGGCCUCGGCCUCUGUCCCCUUUUCGGCGCCGCUCUUGGACAUGUCGCCCGAUGUCGAAGCCGGAUUGGGGCUUGACUUGGGGGAAAUGGACCUGGCUUCCGAUGCGGAUUACGCUGCAUUCGCAUUGGGGCCUGCCUCAGCUUCGCUGACGGGGUCGUUCGACCUGGGCGCAGACUCGCCCACGUCACCGGGCCAGCCCGUGGAAGCUGCGCUGCAGCGCCGCAUGUCGAAGAAACUUUCGAGCAUGGAUUUGCGAUUGCAAGGGCUGCGGUCACGAUCCCAGUCACAGUCCUCGUCACAAUCCUCGCAGUCACGAUCCCGAUCCUCGUCUUCUGCGUCUGAAUCUGGAUAUGGGUACAGGUACUCGACUGUCAUCGAGCUUGGCCACGAGUCCGAUGAAGCCGUCGCGUUUCCGACGGCGUACGACGAGUCGAGCUCGAGCAAUGCCAGUUCUGACGAGCAGGAUGCCCGCUCCCCAGAGCAAUACUACCUGUCUUCGUCGUAUGGAUACACCCCUUACAGCACCGCCCCGGCCUCUCCGGGAGCUUCCAGCUAUGGAACCCGGUCCCCCGAAUCCGAGGUCCUGCGAUCACCUGAACGGUCGCGGUUCGAUUGGUUCGCGCAAGCCUCCUCGCCGCCGUAUUCAACCCCAGAGGCCACGUUUUCGGCAUCGUCCUCGUCCGAAGGCCAUGCCGAAUUUGAUUUUGGCUGGUCCCUGGGCGAGAAGGUGUCGGAGCGCGAGGUAUUGUCGGGUUAUGCCGACGCGACGAGGAUCCGUUCCGGCUCCGUCUAUUCUGACGAGGAACUCGGCGGCACUGCAGAUGACAGGAUGCAGGCCUUUGUGUUCCCCUCACGGGUUUUGGAAGAUGAGUUUGAGCCCGGGACGUCGGCGGGGACCAUCAAAGCCAGUCAGGUCCGACAGGAACGCGGCCGGAAGAAAUCGGUGAUGGACCGAUGGGAAGGACCUGCAGAAGGCGAAGCUGUGGACGCCGGGGAAGGCAGCAACCAUCAUUAUUCCUCGCGGAGAGAUGCGAGCAGGGAGGGAAACAGCCGACGCCCGACCGGUCGCGGAGACCGAGAUGAUGGGCAGAGAGGUUUUGGAGGGCAUGGACAAGGUUCUGGAGCAGGUGCAGGCGGCGGUGAUGACCGAGAUGGAUAUCGUGGCCAUGACAAACACUCUGCGUUUUCGACCCCGUCUUCGUCUUCUGAAUCUGAGGAUUCUGAGCAUGAGGCCAGUGAAGAUGAUUACGGCACUGCUGAAGGCGCGUCAGAACAAAAGCAGGCAGCCGUGAAGGCGCCGGAUGGCUCGGAUGACGAUGUGCCUUUGGCGCAGAGAAUCCCGUCGGCGCUCACAGCUCAACGCACGAUCCGUCGCAAAGUGCGCGAGGAGCGCGACGAACGCCGGGCAGCCCGGGAACAGAGGCGGGCUGAGCGGGCUGCUUCUGGAGAAACUCGCAGUCGGCAGACAACGCUUCGGCCCGUCGCGCCGGGCGAUGUUGCUUCGGGCAGCAGCCAGGAAGCAGCGCGGCAGGCCCAGGCCCAAACAUCGCUGGCCCGCUCGAGCACGAGGGCCCGCUCGGCGACCAGAGCCAGAACGCAGACUGUACCGGUUGAUGAUCUGACGCGCAAACUGCAGAACAUGCAGACUGAGCGCUUGGCAGUAGAACCGCCUGCCCCUGCACGAGUAUCCGCCUCAGCAUCUCCGCCGAAUCGGAGCCAACCGUUGUCUGAGGGGCGGACGUUGCGAGCGAUGCGCUCAUUCCAUCGGCCAUCGACAGCCCCUGGGGUCGACGAGCCGCUCAUAACUGAAUCGGAAGUGAAGGUGCGGCGAGCAGUAUCGACCCGACGACCUGCGGGGGAGUCGUCGAAACCACGAACCUCGAACGAAGCAGCUUCUCCGCCCGUUCCAUCUAAUAAGCUCACCAAAAGCCGUCCAUCGGGCGAAGGUCCUCGUCCUCCUCGGACCUCUGCGGACGGCCUGCUCGCGUCGCCACAGCCGGCGCACCGUCACGUCGCUUCCAAGUCGCAAGGCACCCUCACGCGGAUCUUUGUUGGCGAUCUGCAGCGCUUCAAUAUGGUCAAUAUCGGCGAUACGACCACGGCGAAACAGGUUCUGGCUAUGGUCGACGAGCAAGGGUCACUCAAAGGCUGGGUGGGGACCGGUGGAUGGAUGGUUUGGGAGGUCGCGCAGGACUUCGGGAUGGAGCGGCCCAUCCGCAGCUUCGAGCUGCUUUCUGAAGUCCAGGCCUCGUGGAACAAGGACAAGAUGGUUAACAUGUUCGUUAUCAGGCUCACGCCGCUUGCCCCAAUCCUGAGUCGUUCGAACUUGCCUACGGGCUGCCCGGCAAUGUCCGGAUACGUCGAAUGGGAAGCGAAACGCGGCAAAUGGUCGAAGCGCUUCCUGCGGCUGAGGGAACAUAGUUUGUGGCUGUCUAAGCGAGAGAAUGGCAAGGACGAGAUAUGUCUGUGUUCAUUGUCGAAUUUCGAUGCGUACAAUGUCACCCGUCUCCAAAAGGCGCCGAAACCGUUCGUUUUCGCUGUCAAAUCUACCGACAAUCUAUCCUUGUUCGAGAACACGGCCGACUACCUCCAUGUCUUCUCGUGUAAUCCGUCUGAUGGCGAGAAGUGGGUGGAGAAGAUCCUCCUCGCACGGUCGUACGUGUUGUAUCAAGAACGCAAUGUUCUGUUCACUGGCAAUUCGAAGCCUGUGGCGACGGGCACGUCUCCGAGCGCUGGGCUGUCGAGAUCGGCCACCACCCGCAAGCCGCCCGGCCAACGACCGAGCCAUGGGGGCCAGCCAAUACAACCGCUGAUCAACGUUGACCGGAACGAGGUGUUCCAGCCGGGCUCCCUGUUGCGCGAGGCUUGACGAUCUGUGACGACCUCUGUAAUGUUGUAAUUUCCCUCGCUGUAUCAGUAAUUGGGUGGACGUGUGAACCCUCAGCUUGUUAGAAUUGGGCGUGGGAUUGUGUGCGUCGUGUGUACGUGGAAAGAGAAGUGAGAUAGAAUUUACAUCUACACUAAUUAGCGAUCUGUUGCAAUCAAUCAUAUCAGAC